UCCCUCACGUAACGCAUACACAGGCAGGAACCGUCUACACACUUCCAACUGUCGACUGACAGCAGCAGAUUUUUAAAAACAGUGGUUGGUAUUUCUGUCAAUCAUUAUGACUUGACUUAAAAUGUUAACUACACAAGCACGGGGGCCUACGUGACAUAAUUACUGGAUGGACUCCCCGUAGCAUCGUACCAGCAGUUCUCUCCACUUUCCAAGGAUUAUGUAAUUCACCAAUAGAUAUUUUCUUAGAAAGGAAAUUACUCAAUGACCAGUGCCCAAUAAUAUUGACACUAAUUUAAUCUACGGGGAGCUACGACUGAAGUUGUGCAGAGUGUUUUCACACGUGAAGAGAUAUGAAUAUCGUGUUGAAUGAAACAGUAUAUAACCAUGGACUACAAGCCACAUGUUGAGGUGCGAAAGUUUUAAUCCUGUUGUAGGAGAAAUAGUUGUGCUGGAGGAAUAGCCGUUAAAAGGUAAAUGAGCUAAAUUGCAUAUGAACGCCAAAAGAUGCCGAGCGGGAUCUCGGCGGCUUUCAACCGGUGCCUGAACGUCUCCUGGCCCCAUGUCGUUCUCUUUACCGUGUACAUCGUUUACGUCCUCGCCGGCGGGGGUCUGUUUCUUCUCCUGGAAGGAGGUCCCUACACAGAGUAUAGAAAGGAAGUGGAGGGCUACUUGGUUCUUGAACGGGUCCUCGGUGAGGCAAUCCGGAACGUCUCAAGUGGUUUGGAGUCCACGGCGGGAAAUUUAACUGAGCUUUGGGAGACAUAUCUUGAGACGGAGAAAUCUCUUGGCCAGUGUGAUUAUGAAGGUAUUAUGGACUGGACGUUCACUGGAAGUGUUUUGUUCUGUGUAACGACUAUUGCAACAAUUGGUUACGGGGACGCAGUGCCAGUUACUCCAGCAGGCCGUGCCGUCAUUGUCGUCUACUCCCUGGUAGGGAUCCCUCUGACCCUCACCUUCCUUGCAGACAUCGGUGGCCUCCUCGCUCGCAUCGUCAUCUUCAUCGUAGCCAAAUGCCGAUGCCGAAGAGCGAAGACCUCGCAGCAGACGACCGAAGCGGACAUCGAGAAAGCGGACAUCGAGAAAGCCCCGGCGGUUGACGGCGUGGAGCCACCCCAACGAGACCGACCGUCCCGGUCGGCGUUGAACGAAGAGGGGAAUUUAAAGGAUUUACGGAUGUCUCUUGGUAUGUUCACGGACUCGUCGGAGCCAGUUAGAGGCAGCCUCCCGUGUUCUAGGAGGAACUCAAUCGAUGAGGAAAUAUCUGACAGAAUGAGCAGCAAUAUCGGCUGCCAGAACUUAGGGUUCACUCAAGAUAGUCCCAUCCAAGAUACUAAGACUGCAAAUGGGGUGUCAGGAACCAACCAUGAAACGGGGGAGACCAGCGAAUCAGAAGAUGAUGACAACAACCAGAACAUGCAGAGCCACGUCCCCGUGUUUGUUGUCGUGGGGAUUUUGAUCGUGUAUACCUUAGUGGGAGCGCUCAUGAUCGCCGAGGUUGAAAACUGGGAUUACGGUGACGCUCUUUACUUCACUUUUGUGACUUUAACGACGAUCGGUUUCGGUGAUUUUGUGCCCGUCAAACACUACAAUGAUAUAACAUCAUUCUUCGGAUGUAUGAUCUAUACAGUAUGUGGUCUAUCUGUCAUGUCUAUGUGCCUUGCUCUUGUGCAGGCGAAAGUUGUGAAACUGAUGUCUCGCGUCGCUGCACAAGUUGGUUUUUAAAAAACUUUUGUAUUCCAAGUCAAUUAUCACAUGGGCCCAAAUGCAUCGAGCAGCUGCUUAAAGAAGAAAAAUAUUGCUUAAUAAUUGUCUGCUUAGCAGACAUGAGCAAGAUACCAGUCAUAAAUUGUACAUGUGACAUGGUUGUUUAGCUGGUAACCGUAUUCUGGUAAGCAUAAUUUAAGUUAUGGCACUGUAAUCGUUUCACAGGCUCCAUAUCUUUCCGUAGGUUGCUAAUUUUUGGAGGAGGUAUGGACCUCUGUUAAAUAUAGCAAGGGUCCUUGGUUAUUAUUUAACAGUGAUAGCGUUCACACGACUAGAAUUUGCUAGUUUUGAACAUUAAAUGUACUUUUCAUCGAUGGACAUUUUGUCUAUUAUGGUAUUUCGAAAAUGUUAUUUAGAUAAUUAUAUAAAAGGUUUUCGAAACGUUUUUAAAUUUAUUUUUUUUAAUUUUUUUUAGAAAGUCACGUUUUAUUGGCUUUUAAGGGGCGAAAUAAAUAUUUUUAAAUAAAACCAGAGCUUUCACCAAAAAUUAAAUUAAAAAAAAUAAUAAUAUAACCAUAACUCUUACGUGAGAACAUCUAAAUAUUUUACAAAUAUCAUUAUACAUUUUUAACCAAUAAUAAGCACUUCUUUGAGUUAUUUGUAACAACUCUAGGGUAGAAAUAAUUUUAUUAUUUUAAGCAAUUUCUGAAUGUUGAAACUGUUAUGUUUUGAGAUGAUGAACGUGUCAUUAUCAAUGUUCCAAGAGUGUUCAUCACACAACCAAACGUAAACGUUGCUCAGCUUCCAAUUGUAAAGCGCGCCCUCAUUUGAAAGCAUUUUACAAUUUCUAGCUGAAGUCCGAACGUUUGACGCCACACUUCGAGGCGCGAGGAGAGAACGCCCCAAAACGGCCUUUAGAAGCUGCCAGAAGUACCUUUGAUCUCGCAAGCCUUACUAGUGUGUGUAAAUCCGCUUAUCACUCUAUUGGACAUUGCGAGCAUUGGUCUGCCCGAUGAAAUUACUGGGUUUAUAGUAGGGAGCAAAACUUGGUGAAGAUGAUAAUGUUUCGCCUUGAGACUUACAAUUAUAAACUCUAAUCUGUCAGACUCCUAAUUCUAUAUUUUUAUUGUAAAUAUGGAUUGAAGCUGUUUUGUUCUUUCCCAGUCGUAUUAUUAUUCAUAAUGUUUAUGAACUAUCCAUAAAGAUUAGAAUAUAUUUUCCUAAACUUAUGAGGGCGCUAUUCGUUUGAAAAGGUCAGAAAUAUCACUGUGAUAAUUUCGAUACAGAUUGGUCCAAAUGCAGGGGUCCAAAUGCAGGGCCGUUGCAAAUUGUCGGCUAAGGCUAUCGGCUACGACUGUUGCUGAGUAGUUCCUAUACAUCAACACAUGGUCGAAUCAGCCAUAGCUCCUUAGCCAGAGCCGCUGAUUCGCACACGGCCUAACACAACCCAGGAUGCAAGUUUUUCUGUACGUCAAAUUGUCCAUCUUCCAAAAUUGUCCUGAUGUUUUUUUUAAGGGUUCCCUUUUUUGAAUCGAUUUAUAAAAAAAUAUUUCCUUAUUGAAAAGCACUACGACAGCGGCAUUUGUUAUGUACUGAAAAAAAAAUUGCACCCGGGAUGUAUAGUCUGGUAUGGUACACUGUGUGAACACCCACAUGCGUUUCUUUUAAAGGCAGUGGACACUAUUGGUAAUUGUCAAAGACUAGCCUUCACAGUUGGUAUA